UGAUAAUUUGAAAAUCGGUCGGUGUUCGCGUUCGCAGAUUGGAGAGCAGCUGCAUACUGGGAGAGAGUUUAGCACAUAUUUCAUUUAAAAACAAAGAAAGUUGUUGCAAUGUUCGCCGGGGAGGACGGUGGCCAGCUGCAGUGCUGUGUGACCGUGGAGCAGCUGAACAUCUCCGGCCAGGCCACCCGGAGGCAGGUCAUCCGUAAAGCCUCCGUUAUUCUGGGCCGGAAUGAGUUCCAGGAGCUCAUCCUCCGGGUCCACGACGGGAAAGUCCCGCAAAGUUACCGUCUGAAAGAGUUCAAACUUUUUACCAAGUUCGCCAGAGAUGGGAAGUGCACCGUCAAACUUCUCCCUGAAAACAUCCAGGUGCUCAUCUCCAACUGCCCCCCCGACCAGCUGAACCUCUUCCUCAAAACCCUGAGCAUCAAACACCAGGCCCUGCAGAGCAGCAAGCCCCUGAGCGACCGAGAGAAGCUCAAAGCCGGUCUGCCCCGCAGCUUCGAGGCCAUCAGCCCCCUGCAGCAAAAGGAUAUCCAGAAGGUUAAUGAGCUACGAAAUAAAGUGGCACCUAAAGGCCUGGCAGACCGCACCAAUAAGACGACUGUGGCAGGAACAGGACAGCAAGUCAAAAGGUCAAGGAGUGACAGUAACUUCAGCCCAGUGAAGGCCAACCCAAGUAAGAGGCCCAUCCUGGCUCUGCCAUCACGUAAGCUGAAUAAAGAACAAGCGGCUGUCCUCAGUGCUGUGCUGAGUGGUAAGAACGUCUUCUUCACUGGAAGUGCAGGUACAGGGAAGUCCUUCUUACUGAAGAGAAUUAUCGGAUCUCUUCCUCCAAAGAGCACCUUUGCCACAGCCAGCACCGGAGUGGCUGCAUGUCACAUUGGAGGAACAACAUUACACAACUUUGCCGGCAUUGGCUCCGGCUCUGCCCCCCUGGAGCAGUGCGUCGAGCUGGCUCAGAGGCCUGGGGUGCUGCAGCACUGGACGACCUGUCGACACCUCAUCAUCGAUGAGGUCUCCAUGGUUGAGGCACAGUUUUUUGACAAGCUCGAGUCGGUGGCUAGGUCGGUGAGGAGGUCUACUGAGCCGUUCGGAGGCAUCCAGCUGAUCAUAUGUGGUGACUUCCUCCAGCUACCUCCUGUUUCUAAGGGAAAGGAAAAUACCAGCUUUUGCUUCCAGGCGAGGAGUUGGCGCAAGGUCAUCCAGCUCAACAUGGAGCUAACAGAAGUGCGGAGGCAAACCGACCAGUCCUUCAUCUCCCUCCUGCAGGCAGUGAGGGUGGGCAGGGUGACGGAGGAAGUCACUGCUAAGUUGAUGGAAAGCGCCUACCAUCGGAUCGAGAGGGACGGCAUUCUAGCAACCAGGUUGUGCACACACAAGGAUGACGUGGAGCUCACAAACGAGAACAAACUCCAGCAGCUGCCAGGGUCGGUGCGUGUGUUUGAGGCACUGGACAGUGACCCAGCCCUGGUGAAGACAAUAGAAGCUCACAGCCCCGUCAGCCGACUCAUCCAACUCAAAGUGGGAGCUCAGGUCAUGCUGACAAAGAACCUGGAUGUCGCCCGAGGUCUAGUGAAUGGAGCGCGAGGGGUUGUGGUGGGUUUUGAGCCUGGCAAACAUGGUCUCCCAUGUGUGCGUUUUCUGUGCGGCGUUACAGAGGUGCUGAAGACUGAGCGCUGGGUGUUUAAGUCGGGCAGUGGGAUCUAUCUGAGUCGACAGCAGCUGCCACUCAAAUUGGCCUGGGCCAUCUCCAUCCACAAGAGCCAGGGAAUGACACUGGACUGUGUGGAAAUCUCUCUGGCGCGUGUGUUUGAGAGUGGCCAGGCUUACGUGGCUUUGUCUCGGGCUCGGAGCCUGGAGGGUCUGAGGGUCAUGGACUUUGACCCACGCGUGGUCCGGGCGGAUCCAGAUGUUCUUCUCUUCUACAGGAAGCUGAGGAAGGAGAGGCUGUUCAUGCAGGCCUCUAUAGAUGAUUAUGUUGGCAACAGCAACAAAGAAAACUCUUGGUGAGAAGGUGAAUUCAUUUACAUCUUCUAUAACAGUAUGCACUGUGUGCAUGAGUUGUCUGCAUGUUAUGCUUUUUCUUUUGAAAUGUGGUUUUCUUAAAUGACCGCAACCACAGACAUCCACAUUCAGUCUACCUCAGUUCCUGUGUUUUUUGGCAGUGUACUGCCACCUUUUGACCAAUGCUGUAAAUUUUUCUGUUACUUGAUUUAAUUUAUUAUGAUUGAUGGCAUGUAUUCAAUAAAGUUUUAGUCAGCUUUUA